GAAUGUUUUGGUUCCGACAUAUAUAAAUCGAAGUCCUUUUCUUUUCUUCUUCACUGCAAACACGGGAAGAAAGAGCACUCUAAAAGCCAUGAACUUACGGCGCGGUUUUCCGUUGCUGUUUCAGCAAUACACCGCGCUUCUGAAGAAGAACCUCCUGCUCUCAUGGCGGAACAAGAGGGCGACCUUUCUUCAACUCUUUUCCUCCUUCUUCUUCGUCUUUCUCAUCUUCUGCAUCCAGGAGGCCAUCCAGGCUCGCUACUCCACCUCCACCUCCUACAAGAGUGUCCCCGAUCCCAAACCCCUGUUCUCGCCUCCGAUUCCGCCCUGCGAGGACAAGUUCUAUACCAGGCUCCCUUGCUUUGACUUUCUGUGGAGCGGAAACGAGACCGCCGCGGCUCGGACCAUUGUGGAUGGGAUCAUGGCGAAUAACCCUGGGAGGCCGAUUCCUUCGACUAAGGUUCAAUCAUUUCGAACAACAAAUGAAGUAGACGCAUGGCUUUUUAAUAAUCCUAUGAGGUGCCCAGGAGCUUUGCAUUUUGUGCAAAGAAAUGCUACAGUAAUUAGCUACGGCAUACAGACUAAUUCAACUCCAGCUGCAUUGCGAGGGAAUUAUGAAGAUCCCACAUUUAAAUUUCAAAUACCACUUCAAAUUGCGGCAGAGCGUGAGAUUGCAAGAUUGCUGAUUGGAGAUCCAAAGUUAAGCUGGGUUGUCGGGUUCAAGGAAUUCGCGCACCCUGCAGUGGAAAUUUUUUCUGCAGUGGCUACAGUAGGACCAACCUUUUUCCUUGCAGCCGCCAUGUUCGCUUUUGUUUUUAAUAUCAGUUCUUUGAUCACAGAGAAAGAGCUUAAACUUCGGCAGGCAAUGAGUAUGAUGGGUCUUUAUGAUUCUGCUUACUGGCUCUCGUGGCUCACGUGGGAGGGAAUUCUUACGCUUCUCUCCUCAGUAUUCUUAGUUCUCUUUGGGAUGCUCUUUCAGUUUGAUUUUUUCUUGAACAACAGUUUUGAAGUAGUGUUACUUGUGUUCUUUCUUUUCCAACUUAAUAUGAUUGGCUUUGCCUUCAUGUUGUCAGCCUUCAUUAGCAAAUCCUCUUCAUCCACAACAGUGGGUUUCUCCGUAUUUAUUGUUGGCUUCAUGACUCAGCUUGUUACAGUAUUUGGAUUUCCAUACAGUGACAGCUUCUCUACCACCUUAAGAGCUAUCUGGUCGUUAUUCCCACCUAAUCUUCUUGCUGCGGCUCUAAAUCUGCUUGCUGAAGCAACUUCAACCCCUCAAGAUAUUGGGAUUACUUGGAGUAGACGUGCCAAGUGUGCACCAAACGAUACAGAAUGUGUAAUAACGAUUGAUGAUAUUUACAAAUGGCUGGUUGCUACAUUCUUACUAUGGUUUGCAUUGGCCAUCUACUUCGAUAACAUAAUCCCAAAUGCAUCUGGUGUGAGAAAAUCUGUGUUUUACUUUCUAAACCCUGGGUAUUGGACAGGGAGAGGUGGAAGCAAAGUGAGAGAGGGUGGGAUUUGUAGUUGCAUAGGUUCAGUUCCACAGCAGGAGCAUAUUACUCCAGAUGACGGAGAUGUCCUUGAAGAGGAAAACAGAGUAAAACAUCAAACACAGGAAGGUGUGGUUGAUCCAGAUGUUGCUGUUCAGAUCCGUGGUCUUGUAAAGUCAUAUCCUGGGACUAGGCAGUUUGGUUGUUGUAAAUGUCAGAAGACUCCAUCAUACCAUGCUGUUAGGGGCUUAUGGGUGAACUUUGCAAAGAAUCAGUUAUUUUGUCUUCUUGGACCUAAUGGGGCAGGGAAAACUACAACAAUUAACUGUUUAACUGGCAUUACGCCAGUGACAGGAGGAGAUGCAUUGAUAUAUGGAAGUUCAGUCCGAAGCUCAGUUGGCAUGUCAGACAUUCGAAGAAUUAUAGGUGUUUGUCCCCAGUUUGAUAUCCUUUGGGAUGCAUUGUCUGGCCAAGAGCACCUCCACCUCUUUUCUUGUAUAAAAGGCCUACCCUCAGCUUCUAUAAGAUCAAUUACUCAGAAGUCAUUGGAAGAGGUGAGACUUACUGAGGCAGCCAAAAUUAGAGCAGGGAGUUACAGUGGAGGAAUGAAACGUCGCCUCAGUGUUGCAAUAGCUCUCAUUGGUGAUCCAAAGUUAGUCAUUUUGGAUGAACCGGUAAUACAGAAACGAAUAAACAUGCUCAGCUAUUCAUUUACACGAUCUGUUUAUGUGAAAAAUUUCAAUUUUUAUCCUAAUUGGCAGACAACUGGUAUGGAUCCAAUAACAAGGAGGCAUGUCUGGGACAUAAUAAAUGAAGCAAAGAAAGGGCGUGCCAUUGUCCUAACAACACAUUCAAUGGAAGAAGCCGACAUUUUGAGUGACCGCAUAGGAAUCAUGGCCAAGGGUAGGCUUCGCUGCAUUGGAACCUCAAUCAGGUUAAAGUCACGGUUUGGCACUGGCUUCAUUGCUAAUGUUAGCUUCUUGGGAAGAACAAAUGGACAAACUACCCCGACUCAUGCUCUUUCCAAUGGGGCUGCAGUUUCUCCAAUUCAUCACGAGGCUGUGAAGGAAUUCUUUAAAGAUCAAUUGGAUGUAGUACCAAAAGAGGAGAAUAAAGCCUUUUUGACUUUCGUGAUUCCUCAUGAUAGAGAGAGGCUUUUAACGAAAUUUUUCGAGGAGCUUGAAGAUAGAAAAGAUGAAUUUGGUAUAUCUGACAUCCAACUGGGUCUUACAACUCUGGAAGAAGUUUUCUUGAAUAUAGCAAGGCAGGCAGAGCUAGAGAGUGCUGCAGUUGAAGGGAGGUUGGAAACUCUGACUUUAACAUCCAGAGCCGCCUCAGUUCAGAUACCUGUAGGAGCCAGGUUUGUGGGGAUUCCAGGAACAGAAUCUGAAGAGAAUCCAAGAGGAAUAAUGGUGGAAGUGUACUGGGAGCAAGAUGAUUCUGGUGCCCUCUGCAUUUCUGGCCACUCAGCCGAGAUUCCAGUCCCUCCUAAUGUUCCAACAAUGCCUUCAGCAACCACUUCUGAAAGAAAUUUCUUAGGCCGGGCAGGAACAAUCCUUGGAGUUGUGAUCAAUCCCGAUCAAAUUGGUAUUACAAAUUAAUAUACUUGAGCUAUUGUAUUUAACUAUUUAUAAUGUUUUUGUGCAUUUUUUUUUACAGUUAGUGAGCAUUACCAUUCAGUUAGAUAUAUCUUGUAUUUUGAAUACCUUAAAAAACUCAUAUUACAAUUUUGUAAUGAAAUCAUCCCAUAUUACAAUUUUAUGUAUUUUUUAUUU